AAAAGAAAAGAAGAAAAAACAGAACCCAACUAAGUUUUGUUCCGCCUUGAGAGUAACCUGUCUUGCUCUUGUAGUUUAACAGUUACAUUAUUUAGUUGACUUGCAAAAACUAAAGUCAUGGAAGUCUCUGCUACAUGUCCAACUAAGUAGAUUCAUCUACUUAACAUAAUCAAAGCACAUGGGCUUGAGUUGAAGAAACUUGUCCGAAGCAAUUUCAAGUUAAGGAGGAGCUAGAAAUGACAGGAGCAAGUAGUUCAAACUCAGCUGCUGAUCAGAUGGAGCUACAGCCUUAUCAUUCUAUUAAUAUUAAUAGUGUACCUCAUCCUCCUCACCCUGUCUCUACUUCUCAGGUGCGGCCUGCUAGUCCUAGUUUGCCUUCUGCUGAGUAUCUUUCUGAGGAACAAAGAGAAAAUUACCUGGAUAUCUGUUUGCCGCUUUAUGAAGCUGCACUCAAAGGUGACUGGCAAGCUGCUCAAGGAAUCAUAGGAAAAUGUCGAAAGGUGAUAAAUAUGAGCAUUACAAAAAAUUCUGAGACUGCUCUUCACAUCGCAUCGUCAACAAAACACACUCACUUUGUGGAAGAGCUGGUGCAAUUGAUGGAACCUGAGGACUUGGAACUUCAAAACAAAAACUCGAACACAGCUCUCUGUUUAGCAGCAGCAGCUGGAACAGUUAAGAUUGCUGAUAUUAUGGUUCGGAAGAGACCUAACCUUCUUAAGAUACGUGGAAACAAUAAAAUGUCACCACUCCUGAUGGCUGCUUUAUUUGGACACAAAGACAUGGUGUCAUAUCUUUAUAAUAAGACGAAAAACAUGACAGAUGAUGAUUGGAUUAAUACGGAUAGAAUUAUGCUACUGCAUGCCUGCAUCAGCGCAAAUCUAUAUGAUGUUUCAUUGAAAUUAUUGCACCAUCACAAGAAAGAACUAGCUCUGGCAACUGACAAAAAUGCACUCCAUGUUUUGGCUAAAAAUCCGUCAGUAUUUGAUGGAACAAGGCAGCCCAUUUUUUGGAGACUACUUAAUACAAUUCUUCCUGGACCAAGAAGAGGGCCUGGUGAGGAAAAGUGUCAAGCAAUUGAAAUAGUCCAGAUAAUUUGGAGAGAGAUUGUUAAAUUGAAGGAUGAAGAAAUAUGGAACAUAAUUAGAGGACCUCCAGAGGUGAUAAAAGUCAGAGAAGGCAACCACCCUGGUGCGAAGUAUGUUGAGAGAAUCACUGGAUAUCAAUCUCGACUUCUAUUUGUUGCUGCUGCAUUGGGAAAUACUAAAUUUUUGAUCGAGCUUCUGCGAUUGUGUCCUGAGCUAAUAUGGAAGAUAGAUGACAAUGAUCGAACAAUUUUCCAUGUUGCAGUAUUGCAUCGUCAGGAGAGUGUCUACAAUCUUCUAUAUGAGAUAGGAUCAAUUAAGGACCUCGUAACUUCUUUUAAGGACACUAAUGACAACAAUAUACUACACUUAGCCGCCAUGAAGCCAGAACAAAGUCGUCUUCAUAUCGUGUCAGGAGUAGCUCUUCAAAUGCAAAGAGAAAUACUGUGGUUCAAGGAAGUAGAAACUAUGGUGCAUCCUUCUCUAAGAGAAAAAAAGAAUAGACAAGGGAAAACUCCCCAUGAAUUAUUUACUCAUCAGCAUUCAGACCUGAUGGAGAAAGGGGAAAGCUGGAUGAAGGAAACAGCAUCUCAAUGCAUGGUUGUUGCUGCCCUUAUAGCUACGAUUAUGUUUGCAGCAGCCUUUACUUUACCAGGUGGUAACAAUCAGGAUAGCGGGCAUCCAAUAUUUAAACAUAAAGGGGCAUUCAUCGUGUUUGUAAUAACAGACGCCAUUUCAUUGUUCAGCUCUGCAGCUUCAAUACUCAUGUUCCUGGCCAUUCUUACAGCACGUUAUGCAGAAAGAGAUUUUUUGGUGUCGUUGCCAAUAAAAUUGAUGAUUGGGCUCUUCACACUUUUCAUCUCAAUUACUACAAUGAUGAUCGCUUUCAGUGCGAGCUUCUUCCUGGUGUAUACAAAAGGCAUGAAAUGGGUACCUUAUCUAAUCACUGGUUUAGCUGGAGGACCAGUUCUUUUAUUUGCCAGACUUCAAUAUCGUCUAUUUUUCGAUGUGGUCCGUACAACAUUGAGUUCUAGAUUUCUUUUCAAGCCUAAAAAACACAUGCUUUACUGACGAACUCCAUAUUGUAUAUUUGUUGGUUUUCUUGUAUAUGUUGUGCCUAUUACUCAAAAUGUACUUUGGUCCUUCUUCAUAUAUUGAAAUGUAUGAGUUCAUAUA